AUGUCAUCUCCUCUGUCUUGCAUCUGUGUAGGUGAGCACCUUCGGAUCUGUCCCCAGGGGUACACCUGCUGUACCAGUGCCAUGGAGGAGACCCUGUCCAACCUGAGUCGCAGGGAGUUUGAGGGGCUGGUCAGAGAGGCAGGACGCUCGCUACAGGCCUCACUCAACGCACAGUACAGGAGCUUCGACAGUGAGUAGCAGCCUGCCAGAACGCAUACACUCCUCAACACUGACAAUACAAACUCUCGCGCGCACACACAGACGCGUAUUUGCGUGUGAUCUUUGAGUUCAAGAACUGGAUGCCCUUGAUGAUGUCCUUGACUUGUUCUGAGAAUUUUAAAGACUGCAAUCUUUAACACAUCACUAAUAAACUAUAUUUAUAAACUAAUCAAUGUAGUCCUGAGGCUCCAGCUAUAGUACCACUGUGGCCCGGAGAAUAUGGUGCCCCGAUGACAGCAGCUGAUAACGCCUAAAACACGGCUGUUUGCUCAGGGAAAUAAAUCCCCCACAAAAUAAUCUGCACCUCCAUCCAUCUGAUUAACAUAAGAUUAGAACAGGAACUGGGGAUGAUGGCAUGCAGUCAUAUUUCCUGCCUUGAUGGGCCCUAACUGUCAUCAGAGUGGCCUAGACAGAGAAAGGUAGACACAGAGACAGGGAGGAGAUUGCUGUCGGCUGGGAAAGUGAGUUAUGAUUGGUUGUGGUAAUGAGUCAUGGAACUUAGCAGACACCGUCUGAUAGGUUGGUGGGGAUGGGGGAGCAGGGAGCCCUCCCGCCGUCUCUCCUCCUCCUAUCAACCCCCAGAGGCCGGGAUGCUGGCACUGCUAAUGGGCAUUUGAAAGAAGAAAAAAAGAAAAAAAAGAAAGAGAGGGGGUGAGAAAAUGAGGAGAGGGUAUGGUGGUAUGAGUCAGGCAGUGUGUGUCAGAUGGGGAGUUCCAGUUCAUUUUUCUCCUGCAUUCUGCACUUUCUGGACUGCUGGGCUGCUCUGAUUUACGGAGCGUGAUGAAAUCAGUGUGACUGAUGUGUGUGACACACACGCCUUGGCAGAGUUAGCCUAGCAACAGGUGAAGGUUUGGGCCACACAACAACAAGGACACCAUCACACACGCAGGGGCCGGGCUGGCAGAACAGUAUAGAGCUAGUCCAGCUGCAUACAGCUCCCUCACCCCACAACCCUCAACCCCUGCCCCCUUUCCAUCCCCCUCAACAUCAGGAGUUACAACCACAGAGACAGCAGAAAGUAAGAUGUUGAUGAGGAUGAAGCAAUCCAUCAAAGAGGAACAAACAGUAGAGCUAUAGCUACAUGAAGCAGCGAUAGAGAGAGGAGGAAAUGGAAGUGUGCAGGUGAUGUUUCAAGUCCAUUUGAUAUGAUUGCAGCUGUAUAGGAGCAGCAGUAGAGUACAGAAUAUGUGCAGUAGCAGUAGAAGAAGUAGAAACAGAGCAGCAGUAGGAGCAGUAGAAACAGAGCAGCAGUAGGAGAAGUAGAAACAGAGCAGCAGUAGAAACAGAGCAGCAGUAGGAGAGGUAGAAACAGAGCAGCAGUAGGAGCAGUAGAAACAGAGCAGCAGUAGGAGCAGUAGAAACAGAGCAGCAGUAGAAACAGAGCAGCAGUAGAAACAGAGCAGCAGUAGAAACAGAGCAGCAGUAGGAGAGGUAGAAACAGAGCAGCAGUAGGAGCAGUAGAAACAGAGCAGCAGUAGGAGAAGUAGAAACAGAGCAGCAGUAGGAGCAGUAGAAACAGAGCAGCAGUAGAAACAGAGCAGCAGUAGAAACAGAGCAGCAGUAGGAGAAGUAGAAACAGAGCAGCAGUAGGAUCAGUAGAAACAGAGCAGCAGUAGGAGCAGUAGAAACAGAGCAGCAGUAGGAGAGGUAGAAACAGAGCCGCAUUAGGAGCAUUAGAAACAGAGGCAGUCAGUAGGAUCAGUAGAAACAGUCAGCAGUAAGAGCAGUAGAAACCGAGUGCAGCAGUAGGAGAGGUAGAAACUAGCACAGUAGGAGCAGUAGAAACAGAGCAGCAGUAGGAGAAGUAUAAACAGAGCAGCAUUAGGAGACAUAGAAACAAGAGCACAGUCGAAACAGAUCAGCAUUAGGAUAGGUCGAACAGAGCGCAGUAGGAGCAGUCAGAACGAGCAGCCGUAGAAACGAGCAGCAUUAGGAGAGGUAGAAACAGAGCAGCAGUAGGAGCAGUAGAAACAGAGCAGCAGUAGGAGCAGUAGAAACAGAGCAGCAGUAGGAGCAGUAGAAACAGAAGGAACAGAAGGACACGGAGAGGAGUGGCGGUAAGAGCUGAAUGGCCAUCUGGGUUGUGUUUGAGGGUUGUCCGGGCGUGAGGCCCUGGACUCACUCAAAUAAAAUGCAGGUUUUUACUGCCUCUCCACAGCAGCAGCAGCACUCCCAGACCCCACCCAGGCCCUCCCCCUUCAUCCAGCAUGCAAACCUCAGAUUAGAGGGAGAGUCACAGGCAGUCUGCCCUCCAUUAACCCUCUUUCUAUGGGGGUCAGCUUCAACAGCAGGCAGCAAGCAGCAGCAGCAGCCCAGUCAGUGUGUCAGCAGAAUGGGAGGAUACAGAGUUUUAUUACAUUUCCCACUGACACUGUAACUCUCAAUAUAUGCUGCUUUAUUGCAAGGCUCAGUAAGGAGGUACAGUAUAUGGGACAAUGACAUAGUCCCUUGUUGAUUUUGUUGGUUUGUUUUUCUAUGUAACUCUCAGUAUACACUCUUUGAAAAAAAGGUGCUAUCUAGAACCUAAAAGGGAACUAAAAGGGUUCUACCUGGAACCAAAAAGGGUUCUUCAAAUGGUUAUCCUAUGGGGACAGCUGAAUAACCCUUUUUGGUUCCAGAUAGAACCCCUUUGGUUUCCAUGUAGAAACCAAAGGGAUUCUUCGGCUGUCCCCAUAGGAGAACCCUUUGAAGAACAAAGAGUGUGCAAAGCUGUCAUCAAGGCAAAGGGUGGCUAUUUGAAGAAUCUCAAUUAUAACAUAUAUUUUGAUAUGUAUAACACUUUUUUGGUUACUACAUGAUUCCAUAUGUGUUAUUUCAUAGUUUUGAUGUCUUCACUAUUAUUCUACAAUGUAGAAAAUAGUAAAAAUAAAGAACAACCCUGGAAUGAGUAGGUGUGUCCAAACUUUUGACUGGUAGUGUAUGUAUAUAUACGAAGAUCUUACCCACUGGGCACAGACAUCAAUCCAACGUCUAUUCCACAUUGGUUCAACGUAAUUUCAUUGAAAUGAUGUUUAAACAAUGUUGAUUCAACCAGUGUGUGCCCAGUGGGUAGUGAGUUUGGGGUUUGGAUGUCACACAAUGCUUUGAAUCUCUAACAUACUGUACAGUAGACCUGACUCUAACUGCAGUAGACAGUUGCCGAGGCCAGUAAGUGCUAUUUCUCUUGACAGACAGGUGGUGAUGGAGCUAAUGGUGUUAUGGCUGGCAGCUGGAGACCAACCAGGUGUGUGUGUGUGUGUGUGUGUGUGUGUGGGAGAGAGGGAGAGAGAUAAUGCGUAUGAGCCUGAUCACCCUUUUGUAUACUAGCCCAGAGCGCUUUAGAGGCCUGUCUCUUUCAUAAUCUCCAAAGUUCCUCAAGUAAUGGAAUGUAUUUCACUCCACGCUCCCUAGGCCCUGUUUGUGGUCUGGCAAAGGCAUUGAUAGGUGCUGCACCUGUCCUAUAAAUACAUCUGACUAGUCCAGUAUUUGACUGCUCCUCUCUCCUCAGCAUACUUCACAGAUCUCCUGAAUAACUCGGAGCGCUCCCUCCAGGAGUCCUUCCUGGCCAAACUGGGCUCCCUCUACUCCAAGAAUGCCCGUGUGUUCCAGGACCUGUACGCUGACCUGCGCCACUACUACCGUGGCUCCGCUGUCAACCUGGAGGAGACGCUCAACGAGUUCUGGGCACGGCUGCUGGAGCGCCUGUUCAAGGCCUCUGCCCUCCCGCAGUACACUCUCACUGAUGACUACCUGGAGUGUGUGGCCAAGCAGACGGAGACCCUGCGGCCCUUCGGGGAUGUUCCCCGCGAUCUCAAGCCCAAGGUCACCCGGGCCUUGGUGGCGGCGCGGUCAUUCGUCCAGGGCCUGACCGUCAGUGGAGAGGUGGUCCGCAAAGUCUCACAGGUACUGUUGUUGUAG